AUGGUUGGUUGUGUUCUUGAUGGUUUGUUGAAAAAAGCGCGAAAUUGGAAAAUUUCAGAGUUUUUGGGCGGCCAUCAGGACAGCCAGGGAAUGAAUAACUUGGGCAUAGCCAUACAACGACGAGUGACGCCACAAGUGUGCUGGAUAUACACGAGGCGCUAUUCCAACUCGGGAGAGUUCAAGAGGAUACUCGGGGAGAUUGAACGAAAUUUGAACCCGCAGUCCAGCACCAAGGAUAUUGUCCAUGCUAUAAACUCCGUCAAGCUGCUUCAAUCGGAAUAUCCGAUUCAACAACAGCUCGAGCCGCGAUCGAGUCUAAUUAAGCAAUCAGAGAGUCUCGUGAACCAGAUUUUCAAACAGACCAAAGUGCCAUUCAGUCUGGAGUUACUUAAACAGAUCUUUGUGUUGAACUUGCCCACGCCGUUGAAUUUGAAACUCAUCAACAAGUACUACGAACAGAAUCCCAGCGACAAGACCAUAAUAGAGCGAGACGUUGCGCUUGUUCCUUUACGAAAUGCGCUUUUCAAUGCUGAUUUUGCCAACGCCAUCAAGGUUAUGGACGUGACUGUUGGUCACCCAAACUACAUUGCUCACAAGGCACACCGACUCAAGCUGGGAGCCAUCAAGUUGAUAUCUACAGCAGCCGCUAUCACCAUAUUGAGCAAAUUUGGAGUAACGUCAUUGGUGGACGCGGGGCUCCUCUCUUCAGCCUGGAUGCAUCUCGGGGCAGUCAACUCCAUUGUGUUGACCUACAUUAUCAACUCGACUUUUUUCGUCACCAUUGUCAAGUUUGGACGUCAGUUGAUUUCAUCAGGUGGAGACUACUUGACGUGGCAAAAGGGCACGUUCUACACUCACUGGUUUAAACAUGCAGACGAGUUGUUAUUUGCUUCCAAGAUUGUUGAAGCUGAUCGAGAUUUGAACCAUGGCGAACUGAGCUCGUAUGUUAUCGAAGACCUCUGUCGUGUGGCACCGGACACGAGAAGCAACGCCAAUAAUUUGAGUCCAAGUUAUGAUCGUGAAGGCAACAAGGUUCGUUUGAUGCAGAGCAAGGAUGAUUUGGAAAAGAUCAAGUUCCAGGCGUAUUGGAUGUCGGGUGGUGAUGGGUUUGAAUGGAUUGAACCUGAUCAAGAUCCAGCGGAAAUAGAGUGGAGGCAACACUUGGAGCGGUACAAUAAGCCUGCUUUGAAAGAGAAUGCGGGGAAUGGAGAAUUGAAGUGGGCAGAUGAGUUGAUCGAGAAUACUUAG